AUUGCUCCAGACAUCAUAAAUUUAAUUUUAACCCAUUUAAUCCCAAGUAUACGAAAAAUAUGAUAACAUAUGUGUUUUAGACAAAAAAUAUUUAUUAUCUUACAUUCUGAAAUGAGUUUUCCUGAUCAUCGACAGUGGAAAAAACUAACUUCACAAAAAAUUACAAUGGUUCAUACACGCACCACUGGCAAGAAAAGUUGCAAAUCCACAAUGAAGAAUGAUAAUGUUGAAGAUGAAGAGGUGGAUGUUUAUAAGGUGAUAUUACAGUUGAGACAAGAAAACCUGUUGAUCAGAGAUGAAAAACGAAGAAUACAGGAGUUGAAUGAGCUGGUAGGAACCAAAAUCCACAAUAUUAUAAAAGAUUCAUGGAUUACUACCAAACAACGUUUGUUGCUGUAUCAAAGAGAGACUUCCUCCCAAAAUUAUGCCAAUGUUGAUGGUUUGGUCAACUCUGAGUUUGUUGAUGCUAAACACAGUUUAGGAUUUCAGAAUGCCAUUAAAAUUGGAAACUUACUUGAGGUUUUGAGAACUCAACCUGCUCAAUUAGCCAAAUGGUUGAUUGCUGGAGAACAAAUAGCUGAAGAGUCACUAAAUUACUCAUUGCUUCUAGAGCACAUAGUUGUUGGGUUGUAUGGCUGUUUCAUAUUUCCUGAAGAUACAAAAUAUAUGCUCACUUUGCUGUAUGAAUUGGCUAAACUACAAAUGUUGAACUGUGAUGAUCCUAGAAGAAUUAUAAAACAGUUGAGAACUUGCUCUUUCAAGAGACUGUAUUUUUUGUUUCAUGAAGUGUUACAUUCUGCUAGAUUUUUUUUAAGUGCAGCUAUGGAAAUCCCCAUCAUUCAAAUGAUGUCUUGCUCAGAGUACUAUUUGGACAUAGACCCUGCAAAGACAUGUAUGAGAUUCAUCCAAAAUGAAAAUGAAGUAACAACAAUUUUCAAAGAUAUGGAAGAGUACAGAAGUAAUGUUAUAGAAAAGCUUGUGGAUUUUACUAAUACUUUUGUUACAUCUCUUCUGGAAAAUGUUUAUAGUUUUCCAAAAUCUGUUGCUUGGAUUGUAUCUCAGAUUUCUAAAAUCAUAGAAAAGUCUUUUUCUAUCAAACAGGCUAAUGCAAUUGUCACUGAACUCAUCUUCACCCUGUACAUUUGCCCAGUAAUUUUGGAUCCGGAGCAGUAUGGCAUUUGCAUGUCCCAAGUCACAGAAAUUGUAAGGCAUAACCUCAUUCAGAUCUGCCAGAUUUUACAAUCAUUGGCUCUGAGUAAAUAUGAGCCCAUAGAUGCCAGAUUUUGUGACUUGUUCAAUUUAUUGGAUAUGAAUAGGGUUCACAAUUUCAUGGAGUUAUUGUUCUUUGAUAUGGACUGUGAUGAACCACCAGUAGAGAGUUCACCAGAUGUUACAAGAGAUAUAAUGUUGUUUACUGAGUUUGAACUUAACAAUUUGGUGUGUAUUUUGCAAAAAAUUAAAACAAGAUAUCGUCAAAAUGAAAACUUCAGAAAAGAAGCAGCAAUUGAAGAGCAAUUGUCUUCUUUAACCUUAUCCUCAACAGAUAAUUCACCAAAAUCCAGUAGAUCCUCUCAUAAUGAAGAGGGUUCUUCAAAGAUAUCCAAUUUUUUUGCAAUGGGUGUCAAAAAUAACGUAGUUGCUCCGGAAAUCGACGACUCCAAAUCCACCUCCACCACCAUACUCGUCUUCCCCAUAAACAACGUGGAAUCUAACCUGAUCGGCCUGCUGCCCGAAGAGAAAAUCAUCGAUCUGAGCGCCCCCCUGAAGAACGGCGACCUUUUCGACAUGACCGCAUGCAAGGUGGAGAGGAGUAUCCCUGACACUCCUCCUCAAAAUGGGGACCUCAAGCAGUCGUUCGCCUAUCUGGACGAGGGCUCGAUCGGCAACACUUCCGAUAAUUUGGAGGCCAUUUCGGAGGCGGCUAGUAAUCAUUCGGUGGAUAGCAGCAUCGAGCUGGAGAACGAGGAUCAGAACGAUAAUUUGUCGGAUAUGGUGUCUGCUAACGUUUCAGGCAGGGGCACCCCGAACAUCUCGGGCCGAGACACGCCUAGCUCGCAGGUCUGCGAGAACGACGACCGCGCCAUGGCCGAACCGCCGGCCGUCUCGCAACCCCAAUCCAACCUCAACAGACAGAUCCGCUCCGAGAUCGACGACAAGUUCUGCAAGUUCGAGAUCAAGAAGCUGCCGGAAGGGGACGAGACGGUGUCGAUCAUAUCCGAGACGUGGAGCACGGACGUGCUCGGGUCCGAUAACGAGUUUUUGGAUGCGAGCGAGGCUCGGUUGUCUUUGCCGCUGGUCGAGACCAUACAGGAGGCCCCGAACAUUCUCGACCUCUCCGAGACCCAAAGCGAGAGCGCGUGGUCCACCGACGUGAUGACGUCAGACACCGAGCGCCUCACCGAAGUCGACAACGACGACUCGGUCAGCGUCGCCCAAUCGGACGACACGCGCUCCGAGACGGACGACUGCCCCGCCCGACGACUCUCGGCCGUCUCGACCAAUUCCAUCGCGACCUCGCACUCGGUGGGCGGGGCGACCAAUCAGCACAACGCGGUGGGCGUCGCCCAGUCUGACGACACGGACGACUGUCCCGCCCGCCGGCUCUCGACCAAUACGAGCACAGUGGGCGGGGCGGCCAAUCAGCAGGGGUCGGUGGGCGUCGCCCAGUCUGACUACACGGAUGACUGCCCCGCCCGCCGGCUCUCGACCAAUUCGAUGGCCAAUUCGAACUCGGUGGGCGGGGUAGCCAAUCAGCACGGGGUGGCGGCACAGAAUGCGAACUUUUUGCCGGUGAGCAGCCCGAAUGCGGUGAGCAACACGAGGCGGUUCGUGACUUCGUCGAAUUUCCAGGAGUACAGGAAGAUCGACGUCAAGAACGACAGGUAUUUGAUCGUGUCAAUGAACUGA